AUGGCCGGCGAAAAAGGGCUCAAGGGGAACAGGUACACACUCAGCUCGGCCAUUGAUCCACAAUCGCAGAAAUGGGAGUACACGGUCGCGAAAUUUCCCCCUGUCACCGCCACCAACGCCGCCGGGCUGACUAAGUGUGUGAGCUUUAUCUCCAACCCGUCGCGACAGGAGGCAGUUCUCCGCUUGGAAGCAGUUCCGCAAAAUAGAAUCACAAAGAGCGAUCCCUUGGACCGCUUCAUGUUCUUGUCUUUCUCCGACUUUCGCCUCGUGCGGCCUUCGCAGACGGACCCGUCGAAGAUGGAACAGGUGCCGGCGAGAGAAACUGCAGACUACAUUUCACGCAUUCUCAAAUCCGGGAUCCGCUUCAAUGGCGUCCACUACAAUUUCUACGGGCACAGCAAUAGCCAGUUGAAGACGCGUUCCUGCGUCUUGUUCGCCGACACGAGGGCCGCCAUUCACCGCAAGAUCGAGUCCCUUGGCGACUUCUCGAAAAUGACGACCGUCGGCAAGAAGGCGAAGAGGAUUGGUCUGCUGUUCUCGAGCGCCGAAAUGGGUGUCGAGCUGGCUCCUGAGCGAUGCGAGGAUAUUCCAGACGUGGAAGCCAAUGAUUACGUCUUCACAGAUGGAUGCGGGCUCAUCUCGACGCAUCUCGCCCGUCUGCUCGUGGAGAGCGUCCACAUCGCCUUUCGCAACCACAAGUACAUCCCUUCCGUGUUUCAGAUUCGGUAUCGAGGCUACAAGGGAGUGCUCUCGCUCGAUCCAUCGAUGGGCACUCAGUGCCUUGCGAAGUUCAGAUCUUCGAUGAAGAAGUUCCGCGGUGGCGACGAUCUGACACUGUCCGUCGUUGACUACUCAAAGCCGUACACCUUUGGCUAUCUGAACGAUGAGGUGGUUCUCCUGCUACAUGCACUUGGGGUGCCCGAUGAGGUUUUUCUUCGCAAGCAGGCUGAGCAUCUUAGUUUUCUUGAGUCAGCCACCCGCCUGGACGUGAGAAUGUGCUUUAGGUUUCUCUCUUACUGCAACCGUCUUGAUCUUGCCGAGCGGCUCCUGAUUAGCGGUGUCGAGACGGUUGAAAAAGAGGUGCGAAAACUCGUCGGGCAAGAAUACGAGAGAAUGCUCACCAAGAGGAACGAACAACGAUGUCGCAUUCUCAUUCCCCAGUCGAGGCUGCUCUUCGGCGUCUGCGACCCGAAAGGGUUGCUCAAAGAGGGAGAGUGUGCCGUCCGAGUCACAAUGGAUGGAGAUGGCCAAGCUCAGACCAUUGUCGGAACCCAAGUGUUGGUUACGCGGAACCCUUGCCUACACCCAGGCGAUCUCCAAAAAUUCAAAGCUGUCUUUUAUCCUGAGCUAUCGCACCUCGUCGAUUGCGUGGUGUUUCCGACGCAGGGUAAACGGCCCAGCGCCGACCUCAUGUCUGGAGGGGAUCUUGACGGUGACAAAUUCUUUGUCUGUUGGGACAAGGAUCUCAUCCCUGCUGUUGUUUCUCGGCCGGCCGAGUAUCCUGGGCCGAAAGCACCAGUCGCCCUCAAGCCCAUCACCGAAGACGAUAGGAUCGACUACUUUGCUCAGUAUAGCAACAUGUCACUCGGCCGCGUCAAAAAUCUCUUCCUUGCCUGGGCUAGACUACACGGUCCACUAAGCCCGCAAUGUCAGCAGUUGAACCGGUUGUUUUCACUCUGCGUGGAUGGUGACCGCAUCAAAGUACCCCAAGACCUGCAAGACCCGCCCAAGGGACCCGUACCCAGUCCCGGAUUGAUUGUCGAUAGGCUACACGAACAAGCAUCAGCCUUCAUACAACGGAGCCUUCCAUCACCCUCCAUGUACCACGGAUAUUCAUCCGAUGCCGUUGAGCUCAUAUCAAGCCGAGACGAGCUUGCCAUUUCUGAAUUCGAGCUUGUAACCCUCACAUACAACUGGUGUUUGCAACAAAAGGUGGAGAUGAUGCAAUUUCUGCCAUUCUUCGACUUGAACAAGCUUACGGAUGAACAAAAAGCGUGGGUUCUGAGUCGAGUGCCGCCUACACUGGAGUCUGCUGGCCUGGUCAUGAACUCCUUGAACCAGUCAAACUUGUUGCAGUCUCAGGAGCUUCGCCGCUUUGGGCUGGAUAAUCCCGGUCUCCACUGGAAGUGCGUCUAUGAUUCGUCAAUCGACAGGCUUGGUACUUUUUUCAACAGCGCUAGCCGGACUCUCGAGCUUUUCCACAAGAAGCUCAUCAUUCUUCGCAUCGACGAGCGUCUAAGCGUUGCCAUAUUCAUUCCUCAGAAGAUUGAGAAGAGCACUGAAUUCCAGGUUGACGGGCUCGUGCGAGUAUUCUCCUUCCCGCAUUCCAAGGAAAGCUCUAAUGCUGCGAGACGAGUUAUUCCUACAAAGGUCAACUACCGCCUGUAUUGCGAUGACAAUAUAUUCCAGUUGUAUGAGAAUAGGCGUGCACAAACUUGGAUAUUCCUGACGCGAGGAGCACUUGACGAUUCGACCUACCGAAACGUCAAAGACCGUGGAGACAGAAGAAGAGUCAAGCAAGCGAGCAUUGAUACCGGAACUAACUACGAAUGCCGAGCUAGUAUCGAUCUGGGAAGGAUGGGCAGGGACAUCCAGCGGCACAUGGGUAGGAUAAAUCGGGCGGGCAUUGAAGGCGCAGAAAUCUAUGUCAUCAGCAACAGAGAUACCAGUUCGCUGCGUCAGCUUGAUCUCUGGCUAGAGCUAGUGGACACUCAGGACGUCAUUCCCCUCUUCCAGCAAACACCACGAGAAUACACCGUUCCGCAUCUGAAUGGGGUUGAUUGGACGUCCGAACCCACCUUCAUCGUCGACAUCGCCCGUGAUGGAAAGCUCGCGUCGAUGGGGAAGUUGACCAAAGCAGAAGAGCUAUGGGUCCUAUUCCGAUGGCUUGCCCGCUUCGAUCAGCGCGUACGACUGCUACAGAUAUACAAUUGGCUGUCUACCCCAGACCACUAUGGCCAAGUCAAUAUCGAUGUGCUUGAGGUGGCUCAAGUAAUGCUUCGCUUUCUAUGCGAGUGCCCUUUCCUCACCGGGCCGUACUUUCGAUCGGACAUUUGGCUUUCCCACAAAGAAUCCCUGUCUGAGGAAUGUUCGACAACGCUACCCAGCCUACUGAAAGAAUUGAUCCUGUCCUCGGAACUCAUGGAAAGCUUCGUCAAAGAACCAUUCAUGACCGCACUCGACUGCAUGACCGAAAUGACAUUCCAACUAUUCGGUGAGCUCGUGGAAACCAUUUCAUUGAGUGUUCACUCCGCGGAUCUCGCCAUGGAGUUAUUGUUUGAACUUCAGGCAAGGGCUCACCAUCUGCUUUCGGGAACAACAAGAGCUGUCGAGAGAUUCACGAAAAGUCUCCUGGGUAUCGCCUUGGAUCAUAUAGGAGAAGCAAUCUCUGAUGCAAAAGUCCAGAAUGCGCUUGUGGAUGUGACCCGGGUCCCGGGAAAGGGUGAUGGAACUUUCAUCGAGUGCAGGCUGCGCAUUGAUCAGCAAACAGCCGUGCUGCGUGUUGGAGAUCAUGUGCAGCUUGUGGCAGCAUCCCCUCCGAGCAAUGCAACCUUAGACAGAAGGUACUCGAUGGAUGUCCUUGUCGAGGGGAGCGAGAGGGGCAAAGCAAAGAUGCGCUGCAUCCACCACCCUCCGCCAUUCCUCGAGGAAUGCUCGUGGAAGAUCAAGAAAUGUGGAUCGUUCGUUACGAGCAAGACAAUGCUAGACGCCGUUGUGGAGCUCUACCGCGAAAGGGAGAUCUGCAGCAUUUUGUACCAGCCCAUGACGGAGACGGGGCCUACAACUGGCCUCCCCACUCUAAAGCUUAGUGCAGGAUCUCGCACACCCGACGACACCUCUCUGAACGAAAGCCAACUCGCAGCCGUUUCAGCAGCGCUAAGCCACCCAUUAUGCCUACUUUGGGGUCCUCCAGGCACCGGCAAAACCCGCACCAUCGUCGCGAUCCUCAUCCAGCUCCUCCUCAGCGACCACACCGGCCGAGUCCUCGUGACCGCACCAACCCACAACGCCGUCGACAACGUCCUCCGCAAGUUCAUCGAGCUGCACGGCAUCGACCGCACGCAAACGGCCCCCCUCCGCGUCUCCACCGACGUCGCCAAAGUCUCCGAGGACCUGCGGCCGUACACGUGCGACGCCAUGAUGGGCAAGGACAUCAACGAGCACUUCGACGCGCGUAAGAAAGCCGCCAAACGCAUCAAAGAAGCCCGGCUCAUCUUCACCACCUGCAUCGGCGCCGGCCUGGGGCUCCUCCGCGGCGAGAGCUUCGACACGGUGCUCGUCGACGAGGCAUCCCAGCAGACCGAACCAGCUUCAUUGGUCCCGCUCACGAAAGGGUGCAAGCACGCCGUGCUCGUCGGCGACCACGUGCAGCUGCGCGCGACGGUGCAGAUGCAGUCGCUCGUCGCGGACUUCGACGUCUCGCUGUUCGAGAGCUUGUACGCAGCACCAGACGCGCCGGGAUUGGCGAAGGUCAUGAUCGACGUGCAGUACCGCAUGCACAAGCAGAUCUGCGCUUUCAGCUCCAAGGAGUUCUACCAGGGAAGGCUGGAGACGGCGGUGCGGGACGACGCGCGCCCGCUGCCGAAGUCGGCGUUCGCGUGGCCGACGACGUUGCAGACGACGGGGCAGCCGGCGCGCAUGGUGCUGAUCCCGUGCGCUGCGCCUGAGGAUAUUGGGCAGAAGUCGAAGAGCAACCGCGGCCAGGCGCUGUUGUGUCGCGAGGUCUGCAGCCAGCUGCUGAGCUUCUCGCCUGGCUCGACCCCUGCCGCGUCGAUGACCGUAGCUGUGCUGACGCCGUACUCGCGGCAGAGGGAACUGUUGAAGCAGAUGUUGCCGAAGAGUGACAUGCUCGAGAUCUCGAGCAUCGACGGGUACCAGGGGCGUGAGGCAGAUGUCGUGGUGUUUGUUACCACGAGAUGCAACGUCCACGGCCAGCUGGGCUUUUUGUCGGACAUGCGCCGUUUGAACGUCACGAUGACUCGGGCGAAGGCAGGUGUGGUGAUUAUCGGACACAAGGAAACGUUGUGUGGUGGGGCAGAGUCUGACAUGCCGAGCAAGCAGACGUGGGGUCGGCUGCUUGCGUCAUGUCAAGAAAUGACCAUUGAGACUCAGAAGUGA